ACCGCCUCUCGAACCUCGCCCACCCCGCCGAAUAGACAACUCCAGCAGAACCCAUCAAAGAUAGAUUUCUCACCACGGGCUUUUGUACGUCACGCGCAUCGCAUUCUGAGGACGAGGUAGCCUUGUCCUCCACUGGCCUAUGUCGUGUGAAUAUCUCGUCACUCUCGACUCAGCCUCUUCAUCCACAACCAUCGUGCUAACCCUCUCCAGUGCCAGAGACAGCUCCCCCACCUCCCCUAAAGCUCAUUGCUAGCUAUUCUUUCAUGACCCUUUCCCGAGCCCCACAUACCCAACCGUAGUUUCAGCCCUCUGCAGCUUCCCAAACCAUGGGCACCGAACGAAUAUCGCAGCUCAUGAGUGCCCUCGAUGCAGCUUCCGGGCCUGACAUAUCUCGUGCAACUUCCCCCGGCGGCGAUUGGCGCCAGGCCAACGGCGGUGUGAACGGCUUGGACUACGACAAGGAGAGCCGAAGCCGCCCGCGGACCUUCCCAUACCUCAAGUACCUACCGUAUGAGCUGGAGGAGCAGGCGGAGAGGGACGACAAUCUGAAUACAUGUCUGAAGCAUCUUUAUAUUGCUGUGUCGGCAGGUGACUUUGCACCGGGCGCAGUGCACUGGACCCGCGAGCUUCGCGGAUGGCUAUCGCUCAAGUUCGACCUCCCUCGCCGCACGCGCAUCAAGCUGAUUCAACUCUAUUAUGAGCUUGCACUUGCUCCGGGUAUAGACUAUCUGGUCGCAGAGCGUUUUGCGAGUGUGUUUAUGGUCUUGACCAAGAGGAAACACUAUCUCCGGCCCACCAAGGACCUGGUCUUGGACUGGCGACCACUGUUCCGGGAGCUCAAGCUGUUUGUUCUCCCCUCUGAAUCUGGGGGAUCACACCCGCCCAACGUCAAGCGCAAUAUUCGGACCUUAACUAAGAUGUGCACGUUUGCACAGCUCUAUUUUGACCCCAAAGAGAUCCCCGCCUUGUUCGAGGAGCUUCUCCCUUUUUUUAGUACUUCUUUCUCGGAAGGAGCCUUCGUCGUGGUUGGCUUGCUGAACCUGAUGAUCCCGACAAUUCCCGCUCCAGAGGACAGGGACGAUUUGCAGCCGCAGGAGUAUCUCCCCACAGUCUUCCAUCUGUGGUCAUUAGUCAACCGAUCGAAAUACUUUGAUGUACAUUUUGUCGACUUCCUCUCCAGACUUGCCCGGGAUUCUCUACCCGCAAGUCAUAUCCCCUUCUCGCAGCAUGGCAUCUUCACAAGCGAGCAGUCGUCCCUCGUGUUCACUUCUCUUCUCCGGCUGCUUGAAAUACCCGUCGGACAGGCCACGUCCCCAUAUAGCACUACUGUCGAUCUAGGUGCUGGCUUAGCAGUUAUGCUAGACCGAGAUCAACGAAAGCAUCCACUGGCAAAUCACAUCGCACGAUGGAUUGUCAUGUCGCUCUCGCCAGCAUGCCUGGAACAUUCAGAUUCCGUCCUCAGCAAGCUGGAGGGACUAAUCCAAGCCGUGGAAACAUUCUUCCACCCUUCAAAUUCCGGCAGUUGGACCAAGACACUUUCGGGGCUUGUGUUCUACCUGGCCGACUUCUUCAUGAUGCGGUGGAAUCGGGAACAUAGUGGUGAGAUGGAGCUACCCGAGAAACGGAAGCUUAACGACGCACUGAAGCGGCGGUUCGUGCUCUGUCUGCGAGAAGUUACCUUCAUGGGCAUCUUUGCGAAAAGUGGGACGGCGAUGAAUUUCGCUUUGGCAACGCUUCAGAGCUUGGCCUAUUUGGAACCGACUCUAAUCCUUCCUGGAGCCCUUCAGAGGAUUUACCCCGCAAUGCAAGGUCUCGUCGAGGUGCAUCGCACGAUAUCCUCAAUUCGGGCUUUGAACAUGCUGGCCAGGGUCAUGGCGAGGACAAAAGGCUACCGAUGUCACGUUACGACCGCGUUAGGGCUUGCACUGCCCGGCAUAGACGCCAACGAUUUAGAGAAGACUCUGCAUACGUUGUCCUACAUUCAAGCCGUUAGUUACACGGUACCAUUUCAUGACCUGACACAAGAGAAGAAGGAACCAAACGGUCAAAUCUUAAGAGACGGGGCGGAGACACCGAUGGAGGAAGCGGACACCGAUACAGGCCUUGCGGUACGAUGGAUCACCGAGCAAGUUGAACGCUUAGAGUCCGCAAGUGGGGGUGUGGAAAUUGACUAUUCUAAGGAGCUCAGCGACCAUGAGGAAGAGAUGAUCCUCCGAUCUUCAACGACCGGGCUUGCCGAGUUCCUAAUGUCCUUUCUUGGCCGUGUCUUUACUCUGCUAGAGAACCUACCAGAUGCCUCUAGGGUUCGGAGCGGAUCCCCCGAGGAAAAUGUGGUCAAUACUCUACCAGCGGCUUUCACUCCAUUGCUCGCAGCGUUGUCUCCAGAGCUUUUCGACAUUGCGUUAGACAAGAUUGCCAAUUUCGUCGCGAACCAUGUGAUUCACCAGUCUCGAGAUGCGAUGGCCUUCAUCUGCAAUGCUCUCGUUAAGGUCAACCCUGAGAAGUCUCUGAAGCGCCUUCUACCGCCUCUUCUUGCCGGUAUCCGUACCGAAAUAGAUGACAAUGGCGCUGGCUCCACUCGAUACACCGGCUCGGACGUACUGCCCCGAGAUCGUGGUCUUGUAUGGAACAUCGCCAUCCUGAGCAUGUGUGUAGUACACGUUGGGGAAUCUGUAGUAGCUUGGAAGGAGGAGCUCUUUGAGAUUGCCGAGUUCAUGCAGCAAAGGUGCCGUGGCAUCCCCACCGUUCAUGUCUCUAACUUCAUCCAUCAUCUCCUUCUCAACCUCACCGUUACCUACACGAUUGAUUACUCCAUUAACGAACCCGAUGAGCUGGAGAAAGGCCUCACGGGAGAAUCUUGGGGUCGUCUUGUUGAUCCGAAGAAAAUGAGUAUCAAAUGGCAUACGCCCAACACUGAAGAGAUCAAUUUUGCGGUGAAGCUGUUUGAAUCUCAAUCUAAAAGUGCGGUGAACGUCUUAUUAGCUCUUAUUCGACCGGACCCGCCCAUCAAGCGAGACGGUACUGGAAAGGACUGGUCUGACGAAGUAUCCCGAAACCUGGUCCUCUUAAGGCUGAUCAUCUCGGGGAUAUCGGUCCUCUUCGACCCUAGGCACGAUGCUCCAACCAUAGAAUCCGAUGCUGGUUCUGAUCCAGAUGCUAUGGACACAGAAGGCAUCGACGAUGAUGCAGGUUUAGGAGAGGCAGAAGACGAAGAAGUGAAGCCUACCUUCCAGUAUGCGGCUGGAUACCCACUGAAGCGGGAUAGCAAAAACUACAUGGUUAUCCAUGAUCUUCGCCAUCAAAUUGGAGAGACAUUGCACCAGGUUCACCAGUUCCUAAUCGAGAAGCAAGAAGACGAUGUGCCAUGCUUCAACUCCCUCUACAAUGCUUAUCGGUCUUGGUUCAUCGACGUUGGUAUUGAGCGAUCGGCCCACGUCCUAGAUCGAGUGGCCAGGCUUCUUUCUAUUGAAUCCCUUCCAUACAAGUUUAACGGCACUAGAAAGGAGUAUCCGCGACCCCUCCUAGUCAGACGAGCCAAUGUAUACCAUCUGCAGCGUCUGCGGCACAACGCCAAUCCUCGCCCAAGAACAGAACUUGAUAAGAUGCUUCUACUUGAUCUUGCUGAAUCUAGCGUGUCUUUGUAUACUGAGAUUCGCCGGACGGCACAGACUGCAAAUGAGUCCGCAGUUAAGUGUAUACUGGGAGCCCGACCCCUGGUCAUUCCACCGCUGCUUGAGGCCUUGACGAAGGCUGUCGAUACGAAUGACUAUCCACGCAUCAAAGGUGCCAUGUUCUCUUUGCUCUUUGGUAGUCUAGCAAAGACGAUUGCCCGAGAUUGGAGGUUCACACCAACUUUGAUCAAGGCAUUUAUCGAAGUCACUGGCGCUGAUAAGCCUUCCGUGCAGAAGCUUGCAACUAACGCCACGUUCCAAGUCAUGGACAUGGGCAAGGCGAUGGAGCGAAUGGUAAUUCUUGACAAAGAUGUGGUUGAAUCUAUGUCAUUCGUCAUUGCUCCAGGUGAGGAAGAGACUGUACAAGAGACGGUCGCUAAGCGGCAGAACUAUAUCAGAAAGAAAAGAAGCCGCAUCGAAGGCAAGAAGGCGGACCUGUCGAUAGAACUUGUGGAAAUUGGCCGAACCGCGCAUUGGAAGAAGGUCAGCCGAACUGCCGCCAUUAUUGUCAAUCUGGGGAUGCGAUACGACACCAUAGCCUCGGAUCAGAUGAUUGAUCUGGUUACCAAGGGCUCCAUCGACCCCCACCCAAGCCUACGAGGACUCUAUGCGGGUGCAUUGGUCGGCCUCUUCUCGGUCGUCCAGACCCGAGCCAUCACUGGUCACAGUUAUGAGAAAUAUCUGCUCGGCGAAGAAGAGCUCCCAGAUAAAAUCAGUGUCCCAACCCACGCUGAUGAUCCGAACUGGACGGAAGAACACCUCGCCAGCUUUGCCAAACCGGAAGCGAAGUACUAUGUCGAUUUUGACUAUCCAGGCUGGUUGGUUUGGACCAAGACUAUGCCAGCUUUCUUGCCAAAUGCUCCUCAAGUUUCCUAUGACGACGUGGAAAAUGGCAUUCGAGAGAAGAUCGGAAAGCUGCUAGACCGCAAUUGGUUCUCAACGUACUUUGCCUACAUGAAGCAAGAGCCGCGAGAUUCUGGAUCUGACCGUUUCCGCAUGUCGAGUGCCAUGAUGCUCACGCAUGCUUUCGAAUUAAUCUUUUGCGGCCUCACUCAAGCUACUUUCGAAGACAUUAAAGAUCUCACCCAGUCUGUCUAUGGAGACGGAAGCGACAAGCAUCAGCACCGAGCUACUGCCGAGAUCCUAGGAGCUUUGCUAUCCUGCGCACCAGAGCUUCGUCCUGAGCAGCGACAGGAGGUCUGGGAAUAUGCGUUCCCAAUCAUUCGCGGUAUCUUCAAGGACGGUCUCACGCCCGAGAACUCUUCGUACUGGACUACGUUCCUUCAUGUUGUCCUGCAAGCCAAGGAUCCUAGGAGAGGUUGGCCCCUUGUCGACUGGCUAUCCAGCUUCAGGCUCGAUAUGGAAUCAAAUGCUGCCUUUAAGGAGAGCUCUAAAAUCCACUUGCUUCAGCAAUGCAUAUGCGAUGCUGGAUGGCACUUCCAGUUAGAGAAGCCUAUUUUGAAGGACUUCAUGGAGCACUUAGAUCAUCCAUAUAAGGGUGUUCGCGAAGCUAUGGGCCAAACGAUUGCCAGCAUUUAUCGCACGAGGUAUCACGAGUCGUAUAAGGAUGUUUCAACACUUAUCAAGGCCCAAAAGGAAGUAUCGUCCAUUGGUCUUCGUCCCUAUGAGCCCACUGAAGAGUACGGUGCAACCAUCACCUCCGUUUUCGACCGUCUCGAAGUUUGGCGAAAAGAGCGACCUGCUGGACAGCAAACCCCGUCUUCUUAUACCUCUGGUGGCAAGACUGUGCUAUUAUGGCUAGAUUCAACACUCUCUUCUUAUGAAUGCACACAGCUCGUCAAGUUCUUCCCAAACGUUUUCAUGGAGCAGCUCCUUCACAUGAUGGACAUUAAAGAAGAUCCAGAACUGCAGUCUCUUGCCUACCACGUCUUCCGUCACCUUCCAAACAUCCCACACCGUCAAGGCGAGGACGAAGAGUUCAUUGCAGCACUCAUCCGCAUCGGCCGCAACGCUACGUCCUGGCAUCAGCGUCUCCGCAUCUUGAUCAACAUCCAGGUCAUCUACUUCCGCCGUCUAUUCCUCAUGUCGGAGCGCCAGCAACAAGACAUGUUCAACUGUGUGUCCGCCAUGCUCGGCGAUGUCCAACUAGAAGUACGAAUGGGUGCCGCGACCACCCUCUCGGGCAUGAUCCGCUGCUCUCCUGCCGGUCUUCGGGACCGCAUGGUUGAGUCACUAAAACAACAAUUCUCGAGCAUGCUAGGCAAAAACCCACUUCCGAAACGCCGGAACCCUGGCACACCGACCCCAGAACACAACAAACUCAUUCUGACUCGUCACGCGGCCGUUCUAGGUCUAGGCGCCUUGAUUCAAGCAUUCCCGUAUGCCAGCCCGCCGCCUGCGUGGCUACCAGAUGUGCUAGCCACGCUAGCCAGAAAGGCGGCGGUAGAUCCUGGGAUGGUGGGGAAGAGUGUAAAGAGCAUUCUUGCGGAUUUUAAGAAGACGAGACAGGAUACUUGGCAUGUAGAUGUGAAGGCCUUUCAACAGGAGCAAUUAGAGGAUUUGGAGGGUGUGCUGUGGAAGAGCUAUUUCGCAUAGACAAGAGAAGACAAGAGAAAACAAAAAAUACUAUUUUAUUAAAAGUCACGACGAUAAAGUCAUGAUAUCAUGACAGCAAGAUGUCCGGUCAAUAAACAGUGAAGCAACGCAAGGUAAAGCAAGGUAAAGUAAGGAAAUAAAUGCGCCACAAAAUUGCAGGCACGAUUCGGACACAUUGUGUGUACUAUAGUCUUGUGGACACGGUUUUGCGGAUCUCUUAGAGAGUGAGCUCCUUUGUUGUUCUCCUUCUUCUCUGCUCUUGGCUUCUUUUGGUUUCUAUGGUUACAUGUGUAUCAGUUCCAGCGACUACUUGCAUCGGGUGGCGUAAGCUAAGACGAGGUAUGAAUGCUAGGUAUCCUUC